ACAAAUGUAUUACUCAGAGCGUUCAAUGACGGUCCAUUCAUACACUAUUCCGAAACAUGCCUUCUGCUUGCACUGAUAUAUGCUCGAAAUUGUGGCGCAGAAGUUGGCAAAUAUCUGGAAGAAUUUACCAAUGAGUGGAGCAAAGCGCAGUAUAAAUACGGCUUGGAAAGGCGAAAGCAGAUGUUCAGGCGCUAUGUGAGCUUGUCGCGCGCUGUCCGCAAGGAUCCGUUUGAGUAA